AUGGGUAGGAAAAUGGGUAGCGGCAGACAAGACAUCAUGUUUCGAUUGGAAGAACAAGCGGUGUCAAAACACAGACAGACAGCCAGCAAAAUGCAGCUAGCAUCGGCAGCCUACAGGGUAAUUUUCAGAGAUUACACUCAAGUCACCCAACUGGCAAGGCAGGGUGAUGUCAACACAGACACCCAAUGGCAGGGCACAGGGCAGUUACAGAGCUUUAUCCUCAAGUGCCCAACAUUUGAUCACAAGCCCACACAGAACAGUCCAAUCAUCGGUGAGGUUACAGGACACUCCGAUCACAGCACAGGUGACACGGGUACAGCGACUCGACAACGAGGGGGGAAUGGCAAGAGGGACGGUGGAACAACGGGCAGUGACAGUGCUGACACACAGACAGUGGACAGUGGAAACGGCAGGGGGGACAGGCAAUCAUACAGCAAGUAUGACACAGAUACUAGCAGGGUGAUGGCCGACAGCACUGGCGCAGUGCAUGACACGUUGAUUGCGCACAAUUCACAGACAUGGGGCAUAGCAGUGAAAGCAGCAUGUGUCAAAUGGUCGCAGGCAGCCUCAGCAUGGAUGCACAGCGCAUUGAGGGGGGUGGGCAGCAACACUGGAAAUGGCAGUGGUAAUGUGGGGAAUGGGGAGCAGGGAACAGUGCACACAGAGAACAUGGGGAUCGGUGGCACAGUCAACCCCAUACAGGCAGUGGCAGUAGCGCGCGGUCAGCAUGCUGAAGUUUCACUAACCUCAAGCACCCCAACUGCUAAACAAACAGCAAGUGUGACUAAGCGUAAGAAACAGAACACGGAAAUGUCUCAUCUCACGGGAAUGUCUCAUCCGCAGGCAUCAUGGGCAGUGCUUAACAACAAUAGCCCUAAUCUUCCUCUAUCGGACAAGCGCAAAAUCGUGUCUGAGCGAUUCCUAGAUGGCGCUCACGUCGAGGGAAAAACGCCAUUUGGUAGUGGUGCGUGGCAGGGUGUGCAGGAGCAGGACAACUUCAGUAGCGCAAGCGACAGCGCACAGGCAGUUGCGGCAACAGGGAUGGGACAUGGUUGGCAAGGAGCAGAGAGGACACAUCGCAUUGGUCAGCGAAGUCAGCUAGGAUGUAUUGAUGGCAGAGCAUGUGUGGCAGCCACCAGUCAUGGAUGUGGCGACAAUGAUGGUCAGGAUGGAGUGGAAGGGUCCAAUGACAGGGCGGUUCCAAUGGCAGGGCAGUUCCAGCAGCAGGAUGGCCAAAGAGUGGCGGUGGCAAACAAGCAGGAGAUGGCGAUGUCGGAGUGGGAAUGCGCGUCGGGAAGGUUGGAGAUGGGCAAGUGCCAACAGGCACUUUCAGGGCAUUCAGGAGGGGGGGAUGACAGGGCAGUUGUGCCCAAGCAGUGGACAGGUGGGUUGGAUCACAAGCAGCUGCAGCAGGUGCACUACUCUGUGAGCCUUCAUUGUCGCGAAGCAGUGAUGUUGAACAAAACACAUGUCAACAUCGGUACAAAUAGCAGGCAUGUGGGCAGUGGAGAUAGCGAAAGAACAGCGCAAGCACAGCAGAAAACAUUCAAAGAGCGGUAG